GUCUAAAAUGGUGGUGAAAUGUCAUUUUUGAUUAAAGCAUUACCUGUCAAAUUAAUUAAUGUGAUUUAAAAAUAAAGUGCUUUGUAAUAAGUAAGUAGUGUUACACAUAAUCGUUGAUAAUUUUAUGCAAGUAACGAAUUUUUACAAUAUGUCACUUGUCGUUGCACAUUUUUGCCAAAUUUCGAAUGAAGGUUAUUUUGGUGUGCAGUUGUCAUGAUUUUAUCAUCGUGACCAUUUUUUUCUUUUGUAAAUAAUUCUUUGAGACAACCAUCGCCCUAUAUAAUUAUAGACGUUUUGGAUUUUGUCACAAUUUUAUAAUGGACGUUAACAACGGUCCUUCAGAAGGCUCUGGAAACGGGACCAUGGAUAUAGAACAGUCUUUGUUGCAACAAUUCAGUUGUAUGGGUACAACUGAUAAGGAAGAGUUGGUGCAACAACUACAAAAAUUAUUAGGGAGUAGUUUAAAUUAUUCUACAGCCGCUUUUUUUCUGGAUAUGAAUAACUGGAAUCUCCAAGCUGCCAUUUGUUCCUACUUGGAUAUUGAAAAUUCGACGAAACUUCCGUCAAUGACCCUUGUACAGGACCCUGUAGCUAGUGAAUCCGAAAGUAUAGAACCCAAUGUCAGCUUUCAAAAAGUAUGGCACAUCAUCAACAAUGGCCCAGAUCAAUGGCCCACAGGUUGUUAUGCUCAAUGUUCAGAUGGCAAUAGUUUUAAUGGAGGUAGAGUAGUCCUUCCUCCUCUUAAACCAUUCGAGGAUACUCAUUUAACCGUCCAUAUGGUUAGUCCUCCGACUCCGGGCGUUUAUCAAAGUAAAUGGAGACUGUGUACAGAAAAAGGGGCAUAUUUUGGGGAUCCUAUGUGGGUUAUUGUUACAGUUGUAGAGGAAGGAACAAUGGCUCUUACACAACAGUUAUCUAGUUUUAGUGAACUGGGUGCAUCUCCCCAACCAGAGGUGGCUCAUAAUCCAUUCAUUCCACAAAGAUCUCAUUUAGAACAUACUCAGUUGCAGGAUGCAGCGCCUCAGGGUGGAAGGGACUAUAACAUGUGGUAGUGGAAAGUGAUGUAAAAGUUAGUGCCAAGGAACAUAACACCAUUGUGAGUGUUAAAGCGUUAUUUAUGGUACAAAUCUUUGAUUAGAUAAAUAAAACAUUGAAUUUAUUUACUUAAGCAGAGCAAUCGAAGUUAUUUUCUCAAUUUUAAUGGUCAAGACUAUUUGUGAAAUUUAGAUAUAUUUUUUCAUUACUGUUGGUUAAUGGUGUUACAACUUAUUUUCAGCCAUUGAUAAUUAAUAUUUAUGUAUGAAAUUAAAAAUUUGGGAGAUUGCUGCUUUUCUGAGUCUUGAUUGUAUUGCAACGACAAUUUUUAAGUUUUUUUUUGUGCGUGAGGGGAAAGAAUUAAUAUUGAAUUUUUAAAAUUCUCUUUUAAAUUGUUGUUCCAAUCCUGUUAUUUGUUCAGUUGGUUGCUCAUAAUUCUUAAUUUCAUAAUGAGAAUAACUAGAAGUGUUUGAAAAUAAGGUUCUAGUUAGUUAGCUAUUUGUGGGCUAACUAGCCAAGUCUAAUUAGAAUAAUGAUAUUCAUAUAUAAUAUUUUUUUAUCUAGAUUUUGUAAAAAAUGUAAACAAUUUUAGUUAUCUAAGUACUGAGAUGUACAGACUUUGCCUUUGCAUUUACGUUAUAUUUUAUAUGUGACCAGAGACGACGAUUUUAUUAUAAAUCUUUAAACGAAAUCUUGUUUCUUUAUGUAAUAUAUAAAAGAAGUAGAUUUGUACUUAUGAUCAAUUUUUAAUUAAAAUUAAAACUCGUGAACAUAUUCGAAAUAAAGUGGGUUGGAUUUUUUCGUUUUGCCACCGAGAUGUACAUGGUUUUAAUUAAAUAUAUAUGACGCUUUAAGCAUCCAGUAAUAUUUCUAAUAAUUCAAGCAACUGUAGCAGUGUACUUUUGGUUUUUGCUGUUAUGUAAGUUUUUUUUAACAAAUUUUUGCGCGGCAGAUAAGUUCAUGCGGCAUUAUCGUAACUUUAAAUAUCGUAUUCUUCUAUCUAAAAAUAAAAAUUUAGUUAGUCGCCAUUUCCGCCAGUAAACUUUGAAUUUGUAGAGCAUUGUUUUAUACUGACAUUCAGUUAAAUGUCGUGGUUUAGCGGAAAAUAUUUUUUUGUCCGUACUGCUUUUAGUCCCCCUCACAAGCAUAAUAUUGACAACUGUAAUGAUUAAAUUGUUACAAGGGAUGUUUCAUUUUUUUUCUACUGAUUGAGGAUGUGUGGUAUUUUUCGUUUGUUAUAAAUGGUUUACAGCGUAAAAGUUCUGGUAAAAAUAUUCAUUCCACUGAAUGAAAUUUAAUGUUGAUAUUACAAUGAAGAAACAUUUUCAGUUUAGAGGCAACACUGGUGUUGUUACCAUUUCUACGCAAGAAUUGAAAGUGAUUAAUUACAUAAUCUAAUUAAUUCAUAAAAAUAGUGUUAUUUCCCGCGCUGCUUUAAAAAAUUCAAAAUUUAAUUUAUUGUUGCAGUUUUAAUUUUUAAUCACAUUUAUUAGCUCUUGGCUAUUUUUGGAGUUUCGUUUUUUCAAAAAUAUCAUUUUUUUUUAUAUAAUUCCAUUAAGUUCUUGUAAUAUGCUGUAACUAACAAUCACGAAGUGUUUCUUCAUUUUUAUGAAGUAGUUACUAAAAAUCAAUGCGCAAUUUGUUGUUAUUUCCUGUUUCAUAAUUCAGUAAUUUCAAACUUUUUUGGUCAAAUGCAGUGACAUCGAAAUUCCGUAUACGGUAUAUGAGGGAUAAAUAUAUGUAAAUAUAUUUAGAGUUCCUCAGA